AUGGUCCGCAGCUCCAACGCAGCCAGCCCGUCGCUGCCUGAGGCUGAAACUCGUCGGCUCAAACCGCCAGACGGAGCUUCUGCUGGAUCGGCCAUCGAAAAAGGCUCGCUCCACGACUUCACCGCGAGGCACUCUAUCCAACACAUCCAAGCCACCGUUCCCAUCCCUCGAGAUACCCACGAAGACCAGACCGCAAUCAUGUCUUGGCUCGGCGUCGCUCCCUUCAAGAAGUUCCCGGCUCCUUUCCUAAAACCGAUGUGGCCUUUCUUUGCUGCCGGUCUGGUCAUUGCCUACGGUGUCAACUCUGCCCAGAACGCCAUGAUGGCCUCCGAUGAGUGGAAGAACGACCCUCGCAACCCCAAGGCCAAGUCGGGCGGUCACUAA